GCCCUGGCGCUGGGCCGCUUUGUGUUCCUGCCCUUCCACCGCGCCUCCCUGGCCAAGGCGGGCCUGCCCACCCAGGACGGCAAGACGCACCUGGAGGCCGGCGACCUGCGCGCCGAGGAGGCCAGCUUUGUGCUGAAGACCAACGACCCCGCCGGCUUCACCAUUGUGGAUGUGAUGGCGUGGGGCGCGCUGGGCCACGCUGCCGCUUUCUACCUGCUGGCCACCGCCAGC